AGAGACUGCGGACACAGUACAGGAGAUGACCAGAGACUGCGGACACAGUACAGGGAUGACCAGAGACUGCGGACACAGUACAGGAGACGACCAGAGACUGCGGACACAGUACAGGAGAUGACCAGAGACUGCGGACACAGUACAGGAGAUGACCAGAGACUGCUGACACAGAUUACAAGAGACGACCGGAGACUGCGGGACACAGUACAGGAGACGACCAGAGACUGCAGACCACAGUACAGGAGAUGACUAGAGGACUGCGGACAUAGUACAGGGGAUGACCAGGGACUGCGGACACAGUACAGGAGACGACCAGAGACUGCG